GCGUGAUAAGAACAUAACCAACUCUUAAAAACACUUGAAAACAAUUGAAGUGCAAAACAUUUAUUGUCUUCUCUAGAGAUUUAAUCAUGGAGCUUCAUUACUAUAUUCUUCAACUCACAGUCCUGUUCCUAAGUAUGUUUCCUCAAUCACUCAAUUGCCAACAAGUAUACCUUAAUAACACUGUCUUUGACUGCACUAAUACACCUUCUGUACCAAAAGGAUACCUCUGCAAUGGCCUUAAAAAAUCAUGCACUUCCUUUUUAGUUUUCAAGUCAAAACAUCCCUAUGAUAGCCCUACAAAAAUUGCCUAUCUUCUUGGCUCUGAAGCAUCAACCUUAGCUUCAAUCAACAAGAUAUCAAUAAAUGAGAAAAUUCCUUCCAAUAAAUCAAUCAUAGUCCCUGUCUUCUGUUCGUGUGCUGGAAAUAUCUACCAGCAUAGCACAUCUUACUCUGUAAAGGAGAAUGAUACCUACUUUGAGUUGGUAGAAAAAACUUACCAAGGCCUUACAACCUGCCAGGCAAUGAUGGGUCAGAAUUACUAUGCUCCUAUCUACAUUCCAGUUGGUGCUGAGCUCACAGUUCCAGUACUAUGUGCUUGUCCCACAGCAAACCUGACGGCAAGAGGGGUUACCUCCUUGCUAGUUCACAUAGUGAACGAUGGUGACACAGUUAAGUCCAUAGGAGAAGCUUAUGGUGUCGAUGAAAAUAGCAUGCGAGAGGCUAAUGAGUUGCCUCUGCUAAAAAUUGCAAACAGCAGUGUGAUCCUCUUUGCAACAACGCCUUUACUAGUUCCUCUGCAAGCCAAGAGUUGCAAAGAGAACCCAGAAAGAUUCUAUUGCAAAUGUUCUGAGGCACUGCAUGCAGAUGGAAGUUCCGAGCGUCUAUUCUGUGAUGAAUCUCAUGGUCAAAAAAUCCCUGCAAAAUUGGUUGUUGCCUCAGGUAUUGGCAUUGGUACAGGCUUUCUGUCUUCGUUUCUUCUGGGUUACAAAUUAUAUCAAUGCAUAAAUGAAAAGAGAGAAAAAAUCCGUAAGGAAAAGCUGUUCAGGCAAAAUGGUGGCUACUUGUUACAAGAGACAUUCUCAUCCUUUGGAAAUGGAGAAAUGGCAAAGCUUUUUACGGCAGAGGAGCUGCAAAGAGCGACAGAUAACUACAACCUGAGUAGGUUUCUUGGUCAGGGUGGCUAUGGCAUGGUGUAUAAAGGAAUGUUACCAGAUGGAACCAUAGUUGCAGUUAAAAAGUCAAAAGAACUUGAAAGGAACCAGAUAGAGACUUUUGUCAAUGAAGUGGUCAUCUUAUCUCAGAUCAACCACAGGAACAUUGUCAAACUCUUAGGCUGUUGUCUUGAGACAGAAACCCCAUUACUAGUUUACGAAUAUAUCCCCAAUGGAACUCUUUCCCAACAUAUACAUCGGAAAGACCAUGAGUCGUCCCUUUCGUGGGAAAAUCGCCUUAGAAUUGCGUGUGAGGUUGCUGGAGCAGUGGCAUAUAUGCAUUUUUCAGCUUCUAUUCCAAUCUUCCACAGAGACAUCAAACCAACCAACAUACUCCUGGACAGUAACUAUAGUGCCAAAGUGUCCGAUUUUGGGUCAUCAAGAUCAAUACCACUAGAUAAGACUCACUUAACCACAUUUGUAGGUGGAACUUUUGGGUACAUAGACCCUGAAUAUUUUCAGUCCAGUCAAUUUACAGAUAAGAGUGAUGUAUACAGUUUUGGGGUUGUGCUUGUAGAGCUCAUAACCGGUAGAAAGCCGAUUUCAUUUUAUGAUGAAGACGAGGGUCAGAAUUUGAUUGCACAUUUCAUUUCUGCGAUGAAGGAGAACGAACUUUCUCAAAUUUUAGAUGCCAGAGUGCAAAAGGAAGCAGGGAAAGAUGUCAUUCUUACCAUUUCGAAUCUUACAAUGAGAUGUUUGAGACUUAAUGGUAAGAAAAGACCAACAAUGAGAGAGGUUUCAGCGGAAUUAGAAACACUGAGAAAGGCACAAAGCACCUUCCAAAUCAACCAUGAUCAUGAUGAGUCGCCACCAAGUGAUGAAGAAUCAUUUGGGCGCACAACUAAUGAAACAGACCAAGAAUCCAGAGAGGAAAGCAUUCCGCUUUACUUACAAACAGAAUCUACGUCCUUCUAAUAUUCUGGAUUGAUAAUCGAGUGGUUAGACUCAAGAUGUUAAUGAGUUUCAGUUAAAUCGAAUUGUUCACGAGAAUGUGAGUUUGAUUUCAGGUUAGAAUAAUAUUUAUUUAGCGGAACUUUGCCUACCUCCCACCAGACCUCAUUUAUCUUAAAAACCCGAGGGUUAAGACAAAAAAAAAAAAAAAAUCGGAUUGAUACUGAUUUCUGAUUUAUUAUUAUGUUUUUGCUUCAUUUUCAGCAUAUGAAAUGAAUGAAGAGUGUAUUUAUCCCAAAGAUGACCUAGGAUAAUUGACUCACAUUAUUAAUUAGCUCCUAAAGUGUAUCAGUUUAAAAUUGAAUCAUCAUAUUGAGUUUUUCUCUCAUCCUAUUCAUACUCGCUAAAUUGUGAAUUAAAUUACAUAAUGAGUAAGAUAGACACAUCCUAUUCAUACUCAGAAGUGCAAUUUUUAAUUAUGGGAGUGUGAGGUGAGAGAAAUAAAAAAAAUAAAGUAGUGAUGAUGAGAGAGAGAAGAAACAUGAUGAGUAAGAUAGACACAUAAAUUGAACAGUAAAAAAAUGGGAGGAACUUUCAUAUAUUCCAUAUGAAAUUAUUUUCAA